GGCAAAGGAUAGUCAGAAUGAAUGACAAGGGAGUGACCCACUAUUACAACGGCACAGAUGCGUUAUACACCUUGUUCGAUAAUGGCAUUCUGGAGAUCAGAAACGUGACCGUCGCCGAUAAUUAUACGGAAUACCGAAGCGAAGUGCGUAGUGCAUGGGACUUGGACCCAGAACACAUAUUGCUUUUCUUCUAUGAAAAUGAAGGUAAAAAAGCGCUCAACAGUCUUUUUUGGCUAAGUAUUUAACUAGAUCUAAGUUUCGUCGCUUUAGAUGAUAAAUAUUAUUGCAUUCGUCAAUAUAUAAUUAUAUGUUUUUUAAGAUCAACAAGUGAAAGCAAAAUGCUAAGUUCCUCAUUUAACAAAACAACGUGCUCACAGAAAAAAAAAAGAAAACGGACAAACAGACAAAAAUAAACAAACCGAAAACAUCAAGAAAAGCAAAGAAGUUUUCCAUAUUGCUAUUCAGGGGAUCCAUAGGGUAAGAAAGUCUUUUACAUGGAAAUAAAGCAUGUUUGGUAGGGACAAGUUAGACCUCGUCUUUUUUAGUUUUCUAAAUACUGCUAUUGCGGGACAAAAUUCAGUUGCGCCACGACAAAAUGUCAUAAAGAAUGAAAUUCAACUUAUAUGUUUCUUAGUGAGUCUUUGUCUGUCAGGGUGACAUUAAUGACCCAGAUUUCUCAGUGUACCAUACCUCAUUCACCAUAUCCCAAAUGUUGCAAAGCUACUACCAGGUCUGCAAACACUAAUCGGCAAUUUUUUCCGGGAAAUUUUUACAAUUUUGCUCGGGUAGACAAAAAGAACAUUCUACCAGGGACAAAUUUUCUCCACAUAAACAGUGGGGCCUAAGUGGCUGAACUAGACUUGCUCUACAGAAAAAACAAACAGCAAAGUUCAAAACAACUACAGCACAUGUACAUGUAAGAAUGAAAAAAAAAAAAAGACGUUUAUAUUGGGACGCCCUUUCAACAGGUUAAUAAUACGUCGUAGGGAUUUUGUGUGCAUGCGACGGCCUUCGCUUACUGUCAUUAAAUACAGAGAUCGUGCUGGAUUUUAAUGGCCACUUAAGUGGCGUUUAAUUGACAAAAAUCACUAACAAGUUGUGAUUACAUGAAAGCACACUGUUAUAACGAAAUUAUAAAUCACUAUGACAUUUCAACUCAGGAAAAAUUAGGUGGGGACAAAUUACGCCAACCGCCACACGCUGUGGCAAACCCCACCAAGGCCGAACACGCACACCAAGCACAAAAACAAAUGGCGCAGUCAGACAUUAGAAAAAACCAGGCCAACCUCCAAUGUGUUGCCGGUCUGGUAUAAGAAUAAUGGUAAUCGGCUCUCCAGCCCAUACCUGCUGAGAGCCGAUUAAUCCUACAGGCAUUGAGGAAAACGUAAAAACAUAACCGACGAAAAAAGGCCCAAGACAGGACAAAAAUUACGAAGUGAAAAUAACGCUAGUCCAUACAUCAGAAACACCAGGCCAAUCUCUGACGUGUUUCCGGUCCGCAUAAUAAGAAUAACAAUAAAAUCGUCUCUCCAGCCCAUGCCUGCCGAGAGCGAUAACUUUGAAUGAUACGGACCUUAAAUAUAAUUUCUUUGUGAACACCAGGCAGUUCUCCAGCCCAUGCCUGUCGAGAACUGAUUAUUAGGUCGUUCUAAACGGGUUACCAGCUCGUGACUGCAAUAACCGGAAACGAACCUAAUUAAUUUGCCCACGCAGUUGGCGAUCGUAUGUACAACUUAAAUACAUCGGAUUUCCAACGACCAAGACCCCGAAUCUGCGCGUCAGACAUGCCGUUUUCUGCUGCCAGACUAGCUGCACCAAUGCGAAAAGAGUGCGAUUUGUAACUGGAACAGUCUAAAUCACAAAAAGCAAGGGCUCCUUUGAGCUGCCGCGUAAACACCUCCGUUUUGGCGGCUGAGCCGUCAGCUAGGCAAAAAAGUGGACCAGAAUUGGAUCCUCUCAUCCGGCACCAGCAGUGUACGGUCGACUCUCGGUGAAUAAUUAUGGAAAAAGGACGCCCGGUUGUGUUAUGUUUAUAAUCCGUGAUGACAAGUUUGGCGGCCUGUACUUCAUUGCGUGAUUUUAGAAAAGACAGUGACUGAAACUGGAGAACGGAAUGUCGCCGCUCAGGGGUCUUGGUCGUUAGUUCAACCACUCGAAAAAAUCCAUAAAAGGCCACUAGAAACAUUGUUUGGAAUAAUAAAAUCUGAUAGGCGGCCGUGAUGGUGUGAUUUAAAGCCUGCACCAAUUUAUGUAAGAUAGAGCGAGUGAUAGGCAACCGUAAGUCCGGUUUCGAGCAGAGCCUGCUUUGAGCAGUCAUGAUCUUGUGUACAACAAAUGCUUUGGUGGGAUCAGAGAAAGAUCCAAUUUUAUGGACAUAGCUCAAUGCGGAAAUGUACGUCGAAAUUGUAGAAGGUGCCAAUUUCUUGGCCGACAACUAGGCCACAAAAGUACUAUAUCACUGGCACUCAGUGGAAGCUGUGGGGAAGCUGUGCCACAGUAUCGGGUGGAAAAAUCUAAGAAAUGAUGCCAUGCUUGUUCGUACGUUUUGCGUGACCCCGGUGAUAUAGCAGAAUGCAUUAAGCGUUUUAAGUUAGCUUCUAAUUCUGCGGUAGUAGGCUGCUCGGAACCGGGGUGGGUUGAACGUCCGCGUGUGGCGCAAGAAGCUUGAAUUUGUCUACCUGUAAGCGAGACAGUAAAUCACAUUCUCGGUUUAAAAUGCCUGGUAUGUGUUUAGAUUUGAAAAGAAUGUUAUAUUUGAGACAAUUUAGCACAAGUCUGCGAACUAAGACCAUGAUUUUUGGUUCACGGGAGGUCUGUUUAUUGAUGAUAUCGACCACAGCGUGAUUGUCCGAAAAGAAAACAAUGCAAUGAUUGCGCAUGAUGUCGCCCCAAAUCUCGGUUGCCAAAACAAUAGGAAAAAGCUCUAGUAUGGUUAUAUCCCGGGGGGCACUUGGGUAUUUUUUGGGUGGGUAUGUGCCGCCCGGGACUCCAAAAUGGCACCCCGUUCUGGAAAAAAUUUCCCCUAAAAUUGAUACCCCGUUCUAGAAAUGGGCCAAUUUUUUAUACCCCGGUCUAGAAUUCGCCCCAAAACUGAUACCCCGUUCUAGAAAUGGGCCAAUUUUUUAUACUCCGUUCUAGGGUGCAACAAGAGUACAACGGUUUGCUUGUUAACGCAUUGAACCGUAUUUUUAAAAGCAAUCUGUCCUUGAAUACUUUCAAAUGGCUGCCAACAAAAAUGGAGCUUUCGUGCGUUCGAAAUAUUAUACCCCGUUCUAGAAAACGCCUCUGAAAUGGAUACCCCGUUCUAAAUCAGGAGCUUCAAAAUCACGACCCCUUUGGGCGGCACAUACCCGUAUAUGUAAUGUAUGGGAGUACCCCCCCUCCCCCCGGGGGUUAUAUUCAGAGAUUUCCAACAAUCCGGCCAAUGUCCGUAAAACCAACGUUUGCCUAGGACUGCGGCGUAGCCUAGAGAGCCCGCCGAGUCUGUAUAAAGUUUAGUGGUACUAGAUGUGAGCCACUUCCCAGAUAAGAAAAAAGAUUUCCCGUUAAACGAAUUUAGAAAAUUGAGCCAUAACAAAAUGUCCUCCUUACACUGUCUCGUGAGACGAAUGUGAUGAUAAGGCUUACUCACACCUUUAGUCAGAUCAAUCAUUCUGCGGAGAAAAGCACGACCGGGAAGGACAACCGAGCACGCAAAAUUCAAUAACCCUAUAAGCGACUGCAGUUCCUUCAGGGUUACACUGCGUUUGUUAUAGAAUUCCGUUAACAACCCCCGGCAACGUGCGAGCUUAUCCUCCGGCAAACGGGCGUGCAUGUUAAUUGUGUCAAGAGUGAUCCCAGCAAAUUGUAAGCAGGACGCGGGACCGACGGUUUUCUCAUCUGCGAUAGGGACUCCGACCUCGUUGCACAAUUUCAUAAAGUUAUCUAAAUCCCUAUGACACUUGUCUCGCGAAGGUGCUAAAAACAGAAAAUCGUCUAAGAUAUGUAUGACAGCGGAAGCUUGUAAUUUGGCUGUGGCAAUCCAUUCGAGCGCCGUGCUAAAUGUCUCAAAUAUGUUGCACGAAGACGAACAACCCAUUGGAAGGCAACGAUCAAAAUAGAAUUUACCUUCCCAUUCUAAACCGAGCAAGUCAAAAUCUCGAGGGUGGAGAGGUAUUAUGCGGAAAGCCGACUUCAUGUCAGUUUUUGCAAGGAAACACCCAGCACCUCAGGAGCUGAUUUUCUUAAUGGCGUCAUCGAUAGUAGCGUAAUGUACAGAAGUUAGCUCCCGAGGAAUACCGUCAUUUACGGAAGAACCUUCCGGAAAAGACAAGUGAUGUAUGAGACGGAAUUCCCCAGGAGCUUUUUUAGGAACCAGGCCAAGAGGGGAAAUUCGAAAAUUCUCAAAGGGAGGCGUGUCAAAAGGACCAAUUAUUCGCCCUGACAAUACCUCCUUAUUAAGCUUAUCAGUAACUUCCCGUGGGUUUUCAAAAGCACUCUUUAGAUUUUUGGAUCGAAAGUUGAAUUUAUCCCCAAAAUAUCGAAUAGAAAAACCAAAACGAAAGCCAUUUACGAGAUAAGUCGCUAUGGCCGGAUCAUACCCUCUAAGGAGCGGUUCCAGCCUGUGCGGCCUUACUGGAGUUGAACCGCAAUUUAAGUGGGGCGGAUCCUUUUUUGUCCUCUCCACUUGAGGAUGCAUGCUGGACACUGGGCUUGGCAUCACAUUGAGUGGCGGGAUGCGUGGCACCGCACUUAAAACAAGUGUGCUUGAAUCGACAGCCGGCACAGAAUUCGCCGGAGUGAAAUUUCCAGCACACACCUUUUGGAAAGGACAGAAAUGGCCGGGUUUGGGGUUUUUUAUUCCGUGUAUUCUCCGGUGGAGAUUUUGAUGUCACGUGAAUGGCCUGAUUCCAAAGUUCCCACAUUACCCUGUCCCAGGGAAAUUUCUCUGGAUUUGUUUGACGCAAAUAGCGGAAUUGCUGGUCGUAAUAACGGCAGUUUCCCGACUUAUUAGCAAUAUCUCUGACAACUUCACAAUAUUUAAGCAAAGCCGCAACCUUUAGCGGGUAUUUCACUGUAUAAACAGCCACAAAGGUAUUAAAAGUCGUCUGCCAUUGCCCCAAGGAUAAAAACUUAGGCUUUGGUUUGGAUGGCUCGAGGCGAAGACUUGGCGAUUUUCCGUCAUUGUUAAAAGAGAGAAUAAAUUUAUCAUCGUCGGAUAGUAGCGCCCCAAAAUCAAUGAAUUCAUCGGCCCAGAUCUUUGCCUUGAGCUUAGCCGAAACCCGUGCCUCCAAAUCAAUUGCUACGCUCGUGAAGUUCACUUCACUAGGUUUGUCAUUGGAAUUUGAGAUUGACAUACCCGCCUACAGGAAUGAAAUGCUGGCUAUCUCGGCAGCUGUGGCGGUCUCCACUGUGGCUGAGGCAUCUACAGGCCCAGGACUUGGGUUAACCGUGGGGGGACUGGAUAAUGGGGUCGUUUGCCCAACUCCAACUGCUUUCAGGGCCUCUGUCACUGCCAAUGUGACCACGCUCGUUAAGUCCACGAGGUUCACAGGUUCAGCUGUUUGUUGCGCUGCUGAAACCUCGGCCAGGUCACUCGAGGCACUAGAGGAUGGGGUCGCUCGUUUUGUGAUCUUGGCAGCUGACCUACCCGCCUGUCUAGCUGAUUUUCUUUUAGGAGGCAUGACUUAAAUAAACCGCACAACAUUAAUGACCAGUAACGCAUGACUAAGACCAAUAACAUAAGUAAUUAAACAAAGCAUAGUAAAGAGAGUAAAAAACGGGUUGCAGUCAGCCGGCCAAAUUUUGGUGUACGCAACGGAUCGAAUGCAAUAGAGGAAAAAUGUGGAUAUAUGAUACAUGGACACAAAACAAUAGUGAUAGGCGCACCAAGGUUCACCGGGCGCAAAAAUUAUGUGUCGGGUAUCACUAUAUCAAAAAAUAAACAUGUGACUUGAGGCAAAAAUUCUGACAGGCCUGUCUCAAGCGACAAACAAAAUAUAGAGGAUAUGGUGCAUGGACAUAUUGAGGACAAACGUCCUAUAAUGGCCUGAGUGCACUGGGCACACUAUCGUGAUAGCCGCCAAAAAAUAAGUACACUAAUUACGCCAUGUGUCGGGCACCGAUAACUCAUAAGUAAAAUUGGCACUAGUCAGGCUAUAAGCGAAAAAUGCCUCACUCGUCACUAUAUAUUACAACGACAUAAGUAUGCACUUAGGAAUUCAUCAAAUUGUGAAAUUAUCAGCCCACUAGGCCUGCGGCCUUAAUGACUGCACCCCGGAUACUUCGAAACAACUUUAAGUUCCCUAAAUCAUUUAAGUGAACUCCAUCCGGUAAGUAAAUGUUUUCCCGGGAGUUCCAGAAACCCCUGUGUUUCCAGUAUAAGCAGUAAGGUAUUGGUUCGAGAACAGCCUUAAGAUACAAAUGAAGUUUGGUAACUUUUAAAUUGUACGCAGUACACUGAGGGGAGUGCCGCCGAAUAACUUGGCAUACUGCAAUGCUUUUCACAUUAAACUCGUCGUGCAGAUAGCGCACUAAAGUUUCAAGCUCCGAACCGACGGUUUGUGCCGGCAGUUUGGUUAAGUCGUUAGAACCCAACUCCAAGACUAUAAUAUCAGGACCUAGACGGCGAAUUAUGCCUAAAUCAAACUUCCGAACCUUCGCAAUUGUGCGGCCACCUACACCAUGAAAACGUAUGGACCCUAGAGAUGAGAGUUUGGCCAUGAGGUGCUCGUGCCCCCUUUUCUGCAAAAACCCAGCAAGACGACGAAUAAAGGAGUGUCCCAAGAUUAAAAUUUGAGGUGAAGCUAUGUACCCAACAACAAUAAGACGAAAAUAAAAACCAGGACAAAAUGAUGAAACUUGCCUGAUAAACUGGGAACAAAAAUGAGUUGCGAUAGGCUAUCACUUUCGCUGAGAUGUGCUCGCGGAGCUUGUUCGCAGAAAAAGGGGAAGAACUUACUUGUCGCAGCCUUUACAUAGCUGAUGUCUCUCCACGUGACAUAAAAAAAAACCGUGUAAUAGACCGCAGCGGCCACCCAGAGAACUGCUUAUCGCAAUGCCGCUCCUUGGCUGUUAUCUACUGAUAAGCUUAUCUUUGGUCCCAACAUAAAAACCAUUAUGUUCCUUCCGUUACAUAAUGCUGGCCUUUAUACACUAGAUUGGAUAAGACUUGUACUUUAAUCUGUGUUUUUAGAAAAUGAGAGAGUAUGGAAAAAUCAGUAUAAGACUGGAAGACUUUCCAGCAGGGGCAAGAUUUAAAUCACUGUAUUGUACAAAAUACAUUACCUUGCAGAGAUGAAUAUAGUUUCAUAAAUUUUAUCAUAUUUCGACAAGCCAAACUAGCCCUUGUCACGAGUGUAAGGCGUUGGAAACACAAUGACACAAUUUAAAAAUAUGAGGAGGUUCACUGAGGUCAUUAUUUGAUUGAUAAUAACUGACUUUCACGAGUUUUCACGCGCGGUUAAUUGACUAUUGUCUAUGCGAGAAAGCUAGCGAACGAAAUACACGAAUGCGUACUUCUGUUCCCUGUGUCACUUUCAGUGACGGUUGCAAUUUUGUCACGUGCACUCUCGUAUUUCUCUCGCUAUGCUAUCAUUGCUGAGAAAAUUUCACAAUUUCACAAAUCAUUUAUUGUAUACAGUCUGUCAAACCUCUUACGAAAACAAAAGGAGCAGAUUUCAGAGGUGCUCUUACUAUAGAGGUAGUAAAAGUAUGAAAGUUGGUAUCUUUGAGACCAAGAGAACUACCCAUAAAAAAAUCUAGAGUUGUUCAUAUUAGAGAGUUUUUCACAAGGAGGGUUUUAACUGUAUUUUUUCUAUUUAUUUCCUUAUCGCGUAGCAAGUAAAAAGAGGAGGACAAACAGUGUACCCAUUUUAUGGCCAGUGGCUCCUGGUCCAAACAGAAUAUCCUCUCACCCGUUCCAAGAGGCCCUGUAUUUCUAAGAGGAAUAUAGCCAUUUGACUUGGCAUAAGUGCAUUGCCCACUGCCAUUCACGGCAUGAUCAUAUCUGGCAAAGGAUAGCCAAAAUGAAUAACAAGGGAGCGAUCCGCUAUUACAACGGCACAGAUGCAUUAUACACCUUGUUCAAUAACGGAAUUCUGGAGAUCAGAAAUGUGACCGUCGCCGAUAAUUAUACGGAAUACCGAAGCGAAGUGGGUAGUACACGGGACUUGGACCCAGAACACAUAUUGCUUCUCUACGAUGAAAAUGAAGGUAAAAAAGUCCUCACAAGCUUUUUUUUUGGCUAAGUACUUAAUUAGAUCUAAGUUUCAUUGCUUUAGAUGAUAAAAGUUAUAGCAUUCGUCAAUAUAUAAUUAUACGUUUUUCAGAUUAACAGGUGAAAGCAAAAUGCUGCGUUCCUCAUUUAACAGAACAACGUGCUCACAGAAAAAAAAAAUAGACAAAAGCAAACAAACAAACAAACCAAUUAAGAAGUUUGCCAUAUUGCUAUUCAGGUAAUCCACAGGGUAAGAAAGUCUUCUACAUGGAAUGAAAGCAUGUUUGGCAGGGACAAGUUAGACCCUUCUUUUUAGUUUUUAAAUAUAUAGUGCUAUUGAGGGAGAACAUUCAGUUGCACCACGACAAAAUGUCGUAAAUAAUUCAACUUGUUAUAUUUUUUUAGUGAAUCAUCGCGCAAAGUAUUAUUAAUGACCCAGAUUUUUCAGUGUACCAUGCCUCAUUCACCAUAUCCCAACUGUCACAAAGCUAAUACCUGGCCUGCGAACACUAAACGGCUCUCAACAUAAGCUAACUAGAAGCUGUGCUCUGUCGUUUUUCUUUUUUACUUACUACUGCUAAUAAAUGAAUAAAUUAUCCUUUGAUUCCACCAACAGCCGAAACAUGCCUCCAAACCAGAAUAAACGCAAGCAGCCCCAAAAUCCACAGUAACAGUACCGAUGCAUCAGGAAACGCAAAGCCUUGCAAUUCACUGCUAGGUAAACACAAAUUUAUUUUUUAUGACGUCACGCCUUAGAACUCUAUAGCUAAGAUAAUUUGGUAAUCUAUCCAUCCGAGAAAAUUUGGUUAUGACGUCAUCGUAUGACCGAACGCUGACCGUAACAGACUCUGGGAGAGGGAGAAGGAAGUCAGGAGCCAGCCCGUCGGGGGCGGAGUAUGUUUUAGCGUAGCCUUAUGGCUAAGAAGAUUUGCGCUUUUAGCCCUUGGUAAAUCUAUAUGUUAAAAAUAUUACUUGCUAUGGGUGGUAUGAUGUAGAACACCGAGGGGAGAGGGCUACUGCGGGAAUCCUUUUAUGGUUGUGUGCUACUAGGACCCAUGUUCAGUUGCACUUAUCAACCCUAUAAUGUAGGCACCAAAAUCCCUGCCGUAUCCCAGACGUAAUAUUAACGACAACCAUUUGCUAAUGCUUUCGUGGUGAAAGUUGUUGAAAACCAUUCAUCGCUUUUUUUCUUACAUGAUUCCCCAUUUCCAUGUUAAACCCUUAUUUCUAUCCUCUAUGCUAAAGUGCUUGAAAACCCUACAUUCACGGCGUCAGUAUCGUUUUAGAGUAUUCAUGGCAGAUCUACUACUCUUCUCCCCCUCACACAGGUAGGUAUGGUCCCCUCAGUCAAAGUUAUAUUUCACGGUUGUAAAUCUAAUAAACCGAACUUAGUUUGAAAGGCAAUCAGUCGAUCUGACGGUAUCGGCAAAGAAGAGACUUUAAUGCGGAUACUUCUAAAACGGACGGUUGGAGCCUUUUCAGUCCCAGUAGAGUCCGUCUUAGAGAGAAUUGACUGUAUUUUGAUGUACCACGUAUUGAUUAAUAAUGGUAAUUGAACUGAGUGAACAGAAACUUGGUCUGAACUCUUAUACGUGAUUUCGAAAGCGAGAGGGCAGCACGAUUUUGACUUGAAAGUACUAGAUCGUACGAUUUUGGACCAGAAUUGCACGACACGAAGUUCCGAUUACCACUUUAUUACAUCCUUUUUUAAACCACACAAUUCAGUUGCCCAAAUAAAGGAUUUUAGUCAGUACUAAUAUUUUCUUGAUCCAGCAGCCAGUUUGUUCAAAAGUGGACCCGGGAACGCUUUUAAAACUCAUUUUAAAGGCGAAAGAGAAAUGAUGUGAUUUAGAACCUUUACAACUGAUGUGAUUUAGAGCAAAUCAAAAACUUAUUACUGAUAUUCAGUCUACUAGGCAUAUUGUGCCAAUAGACUUCGCGAGUUCAAUUACGUGUAAGGACCUUUAUACCCGUUAAAACUCAACAAACUUAAAGGUUAGGGGAAGCUUUAAAUUUGAAUUCAGUAUCAGAGGAAAUACGAGAUUGCAUGACUGAAAGAAUGGAUUACUGAUUAGGAUAAACAUUUUAUAUAAAGACUAGUAAUAACCAAAGGUUAUGUGCGGCCGACAACGAUCUAAGGUCAAAACGCUUUUGCUUUAGCACUGUGCUUUUCGUACGUUUCACGUGACAGAUGGUCAAAACACGCGUGAUUAGAUUACGAGUGAUAGAUCGAAGGUCCAAACGCGCGUGAUAAAAGUGCGUUCUGUGCAUUCAAUACAUUCUAAGUGGAAGUCUCAGCGAAUUCUGGCUACAUAAACGCGACGCUGGCGUAAUAACAACCUGGAGAUUAGGAUUGCUGGCUCCUCUUGUCGCCCACAAAUACGGAAAACGUAUUAAUUUAAAGCGUCUUAAUAACUUGCUAAUUUUGGUCGAUUGGGUCCUGUUUCCAAGCAAAAAGUAAAGCCUUAGAAAUUUUUUUCCAGAACAAUUCUUUCCAAAAUUUUUGUGCUAAGCUGAACACAAGACUUUUACCAGAGCAACUCCGUUAGUUGCCCCUAAAAUGGUUAGCUUUGCGCUAAAACGAAACGCAACGUGUAUGUCUGGGACUCUCUUCUCUGCCCUGCUGAAUUGUUCACCCCUACCUUAGAGUCUGUACGGACGACGUACGACAUACGCUGACGUCAUAACCAAAUUUUCCGGCAUCGAUUGGUCUUCAUUUUCUAUAGCUAUGGGGAUCCGCUGCGCGCGCUUCGCGCGCGCGAAUGCUCCAUUAAAAAGUAAAAUAUUCAUAAACAUCUCCACGCAAAAAAUAAAUAAAUAAAUAAAUAAAAUAAAAUAGUGUCACAACACACCUCUAUAGUGUACGUAAUUUCCCUCGGUCAUCUUAGUCUCUACAACGGUAACCUACCGCUGUCCUUAAGCGGCCGUUGUAGACGGAUUCGACUGAAGUACCAACCAGCUAAGCUCAUAUGCUGCCCUUGGAAUCCCAAGGAGACAGCUUGUUCGUAUAAUGGUAGUGAUAUUUAUCCCGGGCAUUUUCUCUACUAUUCCUCCACAGGUUGGAAAGUCGCCUUUGUAGUAGUACUUUGCGUAGCAGUGGCUGAAUUUGUAUUCAUUUUCUGGAAAGCUCGUCAAGCCCGUCAAGUCGGUGGA